AUGGCUUUGCAGCAGUCCAUCAGCCCUGUCCAACGCCACCUGAGUCAGGUAUGGCAUGGAGUUUUUAGUUAAGACUUUCAAAACAGUGUAUUUUUCUGAAUUUAACUUCAAGAUGGCUGCAUCAGGCUUUAAAAGUGCAGACUAAUGUACAAAACCACACAUUUUACCCAUUAUAGGAUAUAAAAGGAAUGUUUCCUGUGGUGGAAAUAAAUAGGAUGGUUACCCACCGCUUCCAUUGAUUUUAAGUUCUACAGUAAAUUCAUGGGAACUGCAGCUGCUCUGCUUCUUUGAAAAUCUGGCCACUGUUCCAAGUCCCAAAGGCCAUAUCCUGUACAUACCUAUUCAAGUGCUUAACCUUAGGCACCCAGGUUUGAAUUUUCUCUCUCUCUCUCUUUUUGCAUACAUGAUCAGAGGAGUUAAUUUCAUUGUUAUGAGCCCACUAUUCAAAAACAGCUAUGCCACCUUGAAGUCAAGCUGUACGUCUAAAAAAUCUAAAAUACUUUCAUUCUACAACAGAGAAGCUCUAAGAUACUGAAUCUUACAAAACAUCAAAGUACUGGUGAACUGGGGAACACUUUGUAUUUUGAUUCUUUUAAAUGUACUUUUAUAGUAAUAACCAGUAGCAGGGAAAUUGUGAUCAGGACGCAUUUUUCAAUGUUCCACUGACUUGGUGGCCCUCUCCUGGGCUUCUGUCAUGAUGUCACCAUACCCCUAAAUGUGUGACCUUACAAAACACACAGGCCCCCAGCGAUCUGCAAAAACUCUGUCCCAUUGUGCUUCAUCCCAAAAUCUAAAACUAACUUUAGCUAACUCUGAAGUGAAAUAUUGUGAUUUAUAACAAAAAAGGUUACUUAGGGAAGUUGGAUACUAAAUUGUUCGGUUGGAAUCUUUAUCCUUUGAUUAUGUAGUUGGCUGAACAAAGCAUUUUGAUUCAUUCUGUUCCAAUUUAAUUCCCCUUUGCAAAUGACCUGAUAGCUGACCCAUUUUUUAUGCUUAGUAUCCCCAGGAAAACAAAAAAAUAUAUAAAAAUACAGUGAUCCUUGUUAAUCAUGACAUUUUUAUAUUUCAUGUUCCAAGCCUUUGGUUUAAAAAAAAAAAAAACAGGAACAAAAGUUAUGCAAAUAGAUGAAGCCCUGCUAUAUUCUCUUAGUAAAAUUCAGCAUUAAAAUUAUUAAACUUUCACUCAGAGUGAACAUAGUAUUUUAAUAGAAUAGCCAAAGAAAAAAAAGCUGUUCCUUCUUACUCUAUAAAUUGCUUUAUGUUUUAACACACUGCAAAUUAGGACUUUAAGUAAAGCUUCAUUUUUCUUUUUUCUAUAUGCAAGGUUUGUUUAAGGUAGGUUGGGUUUUUUUUAAAAAAAAAUUGAAGUAAGGCAUGUUUUUCUUUCAGUAUUACAUUAUGCUAGCUAAGAAAGAUAAUGAUAUAUAUUUGAUUUGACAUUUUAAUGACUGUGCAAUUCUAGCCAUGUCUACUCAGAAGUAAAUCCUAUUGCUUUCGAUAGAGCUUAUUCCUGGGUAUGUGGGAAUAGGCGACUUCCGUCUGAAUUAGAGUAUGUCCAGACCAGAAGGCCAUGGACUUUGGCAUCCAGAUAAAACUUAAUAACAGCUCAUAGGAUGAGGCCUACAUACUGGUGUGUAGACACACAACCCAUUGAGAUGUUUUUGUCCUUGGAUGCUCAUUUCUUCCACUGCUUGCCAGUACUGUGUUGAUCACACCUUCCCCAUAGCAGGCAAAACAUUUGUGAACAUUUGGUGAUAUCACAGCAGCUCAGCCAAUAAGAUUCAAAUGUGGCAGGCAGGCAAACAGUAGAUAGUUACCACCUUCAUAUUUUAUGUAGGACUUUUGGUUGUUUAGUCAUGUCUGAUUCUUCAUGACCCCCAUGGACCAGAGCACGCCAGGCACUCCUGUCUUCUACUGUCUCCCGCAGUUUCAUCAAACUCACGUUGGUAGCUUCGAGAACACUGUCCAACCAUCUGGUCCUCUGUCGUCCCCUACUCCUUGUGCCCUCCAUCUUUCCCAACAUCAGGGUCUUUUCCAGGGAGUCUUCUCUUCCCAUGAGGUGGCCAAAGUAUUGGAGCCUCAGCUUCAGGAUCUGUCCUUCCAGUGAGCACUCAGGACUGAUUUCCUUCAGAGUGGAUAGGUUUGAACUUCAGCAUCCAGCAUCAAUUCAAAAGCAUCAGUUCUUUGGCGCUCAACCUUCUUUAUGGUCCAGCUCUCACUUCCAUACAUCACUACUGAGAAAACUAUAGCUUUAACUAUACGGACCUUUGUCAGCAAGGUGGUGUCUCUGCUUUUUAAGAUGCUGUCUAGGUUGGUCAUUGUUUUUUCCCCAAGAAGCAGGCUUCUUUUAAUUUCGUGGCUGCUGUCACCAUCUGCAGUGAUCAUGGAGCCCAAAAAAGUAAAAUCUCUCCAUUUCUUCCUCUUCUAUUUGCCAGGAGGUGAUGGGGCCAGUGGCCAUGAUCUUAGUUUUUUUGAUGUUGAGCUUCAGACCAUAUUUUGAGCUCUCCUUUUUCACCCUCAUUAAAAGGUUCUUUAAUUCCUCCUCACUUUCUGCCAUCAAGGUUGUGUCAUCUGCAUAUCUGAGGUUGUUGAUAUUUCUUCCGGCAAUCUUAUUUCCAGCUUGGGAUUCAUCCAGUCCAGCCUUUCGCAUGAUGAAUUCUGCAUAUAAGUUAAAUAAGCAGGGAGACAAUAUACAGCCUUAUCGUACUCCUUUCCCCAUUUUGAACCAAUAGUUGUUCCAUAAUGUCGGACUAAAUAUGCUAAUGGAAAGUGAGGUUUGGGGGCUAUGUUGUGCUACUCAUAGAAGUUGCUUUGCAGGAGGCAUUGUUUCCUAAAAGUAUUCUCCAUUAUACCUUUUGCUUGUCGUUUCUCCUUCCUUUCCACCCAACCGUAGCCCACUUCCAGGAAGAAAACAACAGCUCUGGCCGGUUGUGAUACAGCUUCUUGCUGUAUCAAGAAACACUUUGGUACAUAACAAAACUGCUCAAAGAAAAAGACACACACAUAUCCAAACCAAUUUUUGUCUUCUACUUUUAUUUUUAACCUUUUUUAAAAAUAGAAAAUUGGCUGACCACGGAUUUAUGAAUUAGCAAGUCCAUUAUAAUGAUGAAUGGAAAUUACCAUUUAAAACCUGAAUCAUUCAUCAGACUGCUCGCUAUAUGUCAGGUGACAUAAGAAUACAUGAAUACUUGUCAUCUUAGUAUUUCCUACCUGAUAUUUAAACUUGCAUGAACUUUAGACUUUUGUACCAAGUGCUGGCUAAUAUAAAUUAAAAAACAACAACACCCGAAUAUAAAGUAAUUUUACAUAUAGUUUAAAAGGAGUGAAAGGGAACGUGUAGAAGACAAUGUCAAUAAGGGGGGGAAAGAAGCAUUCUUCCCACCCCCAGACAAGAGAAUCACAGAAGUCUCUUGGUUUUUCUCAAAAUAGAAAGUCCUGUUGAGUAUAUGGUAUCCCUAGACCACCUUUAUGGUUGAGGACUUUUACUGCCAGAUUGAUCUGUUCACCAUCUUUCAGCGAGCCCCCAUUCACAACAAAAUAUUCCAUAAAUGUUCCUUCUGAAAUGAGCAAACACACCGUAUUCCAAGUGAUAAGGAUUUUGAGAGAAAAGCUAGCCUCCAAGAUGAUAGCUUGAUGACAUCCCACCCACAUUCAAAUAUGAUUUCUACCGUAGGCUUAGCAGUUCAUAAACUGAAGCCAACUUUCAGAGAGAUCAUUUAAAUUGUGAAAUGCUACCCAAAGACUGAGGAAGAAAAGACUGUAUAUUAAUCUUGGCAGCAGAUGGCAAUUCUAGAUCCAGAAGCUCAAUGGUGUUGAGCUGAAUGGAACAUAACAAGUCUGUUAUCCUAACAAAAUGCAGCCUUCGUCUCUCAGAGGGCUAGAAAUGCCCUCUCAGUAUAUGCAUCCAAUCACAGAAGAACAUAAAGAGACAGUUAAACUGAGUAAUGUUGCAUAACUAAAUGGUGAGAUUUUCAAGUGGAAUAUAAAACCUGAAAGUAUUGUUUUAAUCAAAGAUCUGAUGGUCUUGUCAGUGCUUCAUUAUCCUGAUGCAGUGUGUGGGUUUUUUGUUCCCCCCACCCUCAUUUUUCCUCUUCCAAAAACUAAUGUUUCUGCAGAUACAUGUAGGAUCCAAUCCUGCUUCGUCAGCGUGGCCUGAUGAGCUUCCUCAUAAGACUUCAUCCCAACCCUCCACUUCCAACUGAAUAUGCCAGCGUGCUGGAUACACCACAAUGCAGUCACAGCAAGUAAAGGUGAUCCCACUUUGAAGGAUCCCUCUCUAAUGGUUCUCCAUUAUAUUUUUAGAAAUAUCAGCCACAUAGGUAAAGGUAAAGGGACCCCUGACCAUUAGGUCCAGUCGUGGCCGACUCUGAGGUUGCGGCGCUCAUCUCGCUUUAUUGGCCGAAGGAGCCGGUGUACAGCUUUCGGGUCAUGUGGCCAGCAUGACUAAGCCGCUUCUGGCGAACCAGAGCAGCGCACGGAAAUGCCGUUUACCUUCCCGCCGGAGCGGUACCUAUUUAUCUACUUGCACUUUGACGUGCUUUCGAACUGCUAGGUUGAUAGGAACAGGGAUCGAGCAACGGGAGCUCACCCCGUCGCAGGGAAUCGAACCGCUGACCUUCUGAUCGGCGAGUCCUAGGCUCUGUAGUUUAACCCACAGCGCCACCCGCGUCCCAUAUCAGCCACAUAGCCUGAUAUUAUUAUUAUUUUUAGAAGAAGAAGAAGAAGAGUUUGGAUUUGAUAUCCCGCCUUUCACUCCCUUUAAGGAGUCUCAAAGCUGCUAACAUUCUCCUUUCCCUUCCUCCCCCACAACAAACACUCUGUGGGGUGAGUGGGGCUGAGAGACUUCAAAGAAGUGUGACUGGCCCAAGGUCACCCAGCAGCUGCAUGUGGAGGAGCGGAGACGCGAACCCGGUUCCCCAGAUUAGGAGUCUACUGCUCUUAACCACUACACCACACUGGCUUUUAAUUAUGUGUGAGGCUGUUUUUGCUACUAUUUUGUGGGGAACGCUUUAUUAAAUAUUUUUCUGCUCUUUCAAAUUGAAUUUGUGCUAUUAAUUUGAUUUUCCACCACCAUUUUCUUCUUUACCUCAUUCCAAACCAGCUAAAGACCACUUCCAAACCUCUGUGGCUCAAGAAGAGCCAUGAGCUGGGAGCCAGUAGUUGAGACAAAAGGUCAAUGUCAAUAAUCAUGUCAUGUGCCAGACCCAAGGGGGAGGCAGGAAAAGGUAUUAAGGCAGCUGUGGUCAGGUCCAGAAGUCAGGACUGAAGGGUGAACCAUAAGUUGGACUGAAGGGAGGACUAGAGAGCAAACACAGUGUGGACACAGUAACGAACCAGAGGUCUCUCCAAACUGGUGUCUCUGCAAAAUAUUAUUGCAUACCCUCCCACAUUUCUCCGAUGAAAAUAGGGACGUCCUAUUCCAUAAUAAUGAUAAUUUUAUUUUUUAUAGCUUGCCCAUCUGACUGGGUUGGCCCAGCCACUCUGAUCGGCUUCCAACAUACACAAAAACAUAACGUUAAAAAGCUUCCUUAUACACUGCUGCCUUCAAGAUGUCUUCUAAAAGGUUGUAUAGUUACUUACCUCCUUGGCUUGGGGGUCGCCAUGCCCUCCCAACAUUUCUUCAAUGAAAAUAGGGACGUCCUAAGGAAAAGCAGGACAUUCUGGGAUCCAAUCAGAAACCAGGAUGGCUUCUGUAAAUCUGGGACUGUCUCUGAAAAAUAGGUACACUUGGAGGGUCUGCAUCUUGGUGCAAUAAUAGUGCAUUAGUGGCGGGUUUAUUUUGUUUGUUUAUUCUGUCAUGCUUCCCCCGUGAUAACAGGUUAUUGCUCUCCGGGAGGUCUGUAACACAACAAAAGUCUUACACAAUGGAACACAGAUCAGCUUGUGAACUCAUAGCUAUACUGCUCAAGUCGCAUAUGUUCAUUUCACUGUAUUACCUGCUAGCUCCAAUCCUACGAUAACAGGUUACUGCCAAAUGUUAUGCUCACAGGAUUGAGCCAAAAUAUGUAAUUCUGUGUUGGCCAAAAUGCCAAAACGCCAUGUGGUGGGAAUGUAGAGAAGUUAAAUUUUUUUGGGAAAUGAUAUAUAAUGAAUUGAAAAAAAUGUUUAAAAUGACAUUUGUAAAGAAACCAGAAGUAUUUUUGUUAGGGAUUGUAGGACAAGACCUGCCAAGAAAAAUAAAGAACUUAUUUAUGUAUGCUACAAUAGCAGCAAGAGUCUUGCUAGCACUAGGAUGGAAGAAUGAGGAAAUCCCAACGAAAGAACAGUGGCAAGAAAAACUGAUGAGCUAUGCGGAAUUGGCCAAAUUGACAUACAAACUAUGUGAUAAGGACAAUUGUGACUUCAAGGAAGAACGGGAACUUUUUACAAAUUACCUAAAAAGACAUCAAAAUGAACUGGACUCCUUGACAGGUUUUGAAUAAGCAUCCACAAAUUUUUUAGUGGAACACACCCUAGAUAAGGCAAGGAUAUGUACAAGUUUAUAACACGCAGAGAAUAAUAUGUGCAAGGAAAUCAGAGGGGAGCUAAGGGAAGUCCUUAGUGGAAGGGAGAGGGAGGCAUGGGGGGAGAGGGGAAAAUAAUGUAAUUGUUUAUUUGGACUGAUAAUUUGUUAUGUUGAAAUUGUUUAAUAAAAAUAUUUUUAAAAAAAUAAUAUUGCCAAAACGCCGUGAUCAAGAAGCUUUUUCAGUCUAAAGCCAACUACACUCUGCAGUUCUGCACUACUCAACAGUACCGUGAAAACCCUGGCUAUAUUAUGCCAGCUGAUACAGCUGCUAACCCCUUACUAACACAGCAUUUUGGGUUCCUUUGUGGUGCCUAGUUCUUGCAUCCCAUUCUAAACAUUUAUAUCCUUGAAACACUAAAAGAGAACACGUGAGUGACUCGUAUUUCUCCUUUUGCAUUUCCACUGCAUCCCAUUUUGUUCCUAUUUUGCAAGUUACAGCGUGGCCUGUGCUUAUUGUGGUAAUGUUGGUCUAGGGCAAAAAUGUGAGAAACUGCAGCUUUAGGUUAGAUACAUAUAUAUAUAUAUAAACAUGUCACCCGUUACCCUUUCAAUGAAAAUAGAAACCAAAAGGACAUAACGUUUGGGUGUACCUAGCCUAGGAACAGCUUAGCAAGGUAACCAGGUAAGGACUUGCACUCAGCCCUCUCUAACAGGGUUUAAAACCUUGAAUAGCAGGAUUUAGCAUAAUACAGGCUCAAUAAGUCUUCAUUGAUGUGUCAAACUGGAGGCCUGCAUCUUCCAAAAACUGCCUCUGUAUGUCAGCAUGUGAAGCUGAUCUUUCCCAGCUGAUGCUGGAUUCAAGUUUCUUGGAAGCGUUUUUGGUGGAGAUGUGCCAAACAACCUUAAAAAAUAAAUCAGUUGCAGUAGAACAGGACAAUCCCCCAAGGCUCAGAGGUAGGGUGAGUGUUUUGAUACAUGCAUUACUAAUUAACUGUGAAAAGUUUUGAACAGGCCCAAUAUUUGUGUGUGUGUGUGUGUGUGUGUGUGAGAGAGAGAGAGAGAGAGAGAGAGAAGUGCAAUAGCUACCUUUUAUUUGAAAGGUCAUAAAAGGGUAGAAAAACAAUUCCAGCCCAUGAAGUUAACCAUACCACAAUUUUGGAAUAUAACAUUUCAGUAUCCCCCCUCCCUCCCCUUCCCCCUCCUUUUUUUUACAAGAUGUGAUGCUUCAUGUCAAAGACAGUAUUCCAUAUCAUAACUCAUUUGACAUAACUUCAGGUGAUGCAAAUUUUUUAUAACACUUGUUUCUCCUUUUACCCCUCCUCCAAUAUAUAUUUCUUUUUCCAGACAAUAAUGACUUCAACCUGGAAAAAGGCUUACGGCUCAGUCAGAACUAGCCUAAAUCUAACCUUCAGUUUGGAGUCUUGGAUAAUGAGGUAAAAUAUGUAUUAUUCACUCGACUACCUUUGGACUCAAAUGACAAAAGGGAGUGAAUAUUCCAGGCCCAACACAUUCUUAGUUUAGGAAUCUCAAGAGACAUUUUGCAACUGUGCUAUUGCAGCUUGAUUUUUGGACAGUGAGGAAGAAAUAAUGAUACUUUUCAUGGAUUUUAAAAGGUGUUUCUAUGGCUCUCUGGCAGCCUUAAACAAGUCUUAGCACUGGUAAAUAAAUGAACUGUUAAGCCACUUUAACAUCUGAAAAAUAAGCUGCAGGUCCAUUAUCAUCCGAACAUGUUUCACUCUUCCCAGUGUCAAAUCUCUAGGCUGUAAUUCUGAGGUAAGGUGAGUUUUCAGUUCAACCUUUUCAAGUAGCUCCUUACAGAGCACAAAAUGAAAGAAAACAGUUAAUCUUAAACAAAAGAAUAUAAAUAAAUGCCACAUGAGUGUUCUCGUGAAUUAGUUUUGCUAACGCUAAUUAGAAUGCUCAUUUGUCCAGAAAAAAACCCCUAUGGCAGAUGACUUUUGUUUGCAGUUGGAUUUAUCGCAAAGCAUAAUAUGACAGUCGUGUACACUAAAAUCUAGUUCACUAGCCAUUGCAAUAUCUGGAUAAUCUUCUAGUUCCAUUUUAUAAAUACACCACUCUUUUUUUGCUUCUUCUUUCAGAGAAAACUGUCUGUCAAAUACAAGUGUGGAUACAUGCCGGACUUCCCCACGGCUGUUUGAGUCGCAGCUGAGCAAAGUGAGGUAGCCCAGGUAAUGUUGUGUAGGCAGGGCAAUGUCACACAUCAAUAGAAGCCUCUUAAGUACUUGUCAGGUGUAAAUCAAUGUCAUCAUCGACAUGGGGAAGGACCUUUGCAGAAAUGCAAUAGCUGUCCUGUUCAAAGGAACCCUUAACACCUCCUUUAUUGACCCAACCCAUGCCCAAAAUGAACAGCCCUUGCUUGUUCUCUACAAGGCACAUCCGCACAUAACAUGUGUACAGUAGGGCUGAGUGUAAGGGCCUGUCCAGACUGGAACAAAAUGUGAACUCCAGGCCAGUGCUGUCCCAGACAUUUCCCACUUUAAAUAAGAACACACACCCCCUGCCCCGAUUCAGACUUUCCAAGGAUUGAAAGUCCCCAUGUUUAAAGGGAGGGGGAUCUGGGACAAUAAUGGGAUGGGGAGCAUGUCACAUAGCUGUCAACGUUUCCCUUUUUUUAAGGGAAAUUCCCUUAUUCUGAAUAGGAUUCCUCGCAAGAAAAGGGAAAAGUUGACAGCAAUGAUGUCAUGUUAAUGGGGAGGCAGGCAAAUGCAAACCCCACAUUUUGCUCUGGUGUGGACAAGCCCUAAGAGUCAAAUUACAAACAGGUCUAAGAAACACCUGUUUUCAGAACAAGUGGGAAUGGGAAAGAUGAUGUGAAAUGGAGAAGUGGAGAGUUGCCUAAGCUUCCCCCCCCCCCCAACACUGCUUCUCAUUACAAAUCACAAUCUUGGGAACCCAUCUGGGAGAAGCAGUUGGGAGCAGAGAAGUGGUUGGUGGAAAAGGGAUCCUUCUGCCACUUUCCUGCUCCACGUUGUCCCUUUUUGUGGAAAAGGAGCUACUGGGGAGUUGUUAAGUGUGUUUGCUUGCAUUGCCUAGUCUGAUCUUCUCUUAUGCUGUUGUAUCGUCCAAGUUUGAUAACGUGCAAAAGGCUGGUUAAAGGGGUCAGUUGCAGAUCAUUAGUCAAAGACUGCUUUGAAUCAGAGGUUUUCAGAACAGAACAAGUUACCACCAUCCCACAAAGAUGCCAUCAUAGGCAUGCACAGCACACCAGAGUAUUCACCCAGGGAAUUUUUUUAUUUAAAGGCAAACAUUUAUUGAAUACAUACUCAUACUCAACCAUAAAGGACAUUGUUUUCAUUCACCAAACAAACUAAAGAAACUCCCUGCCCUAUACUUCGUUGGUUUCCGUGGUUUGGCUGCCCACGCGUAGGACUCUGAGGGAUUUCUGAAAGCCCUUGAUCAGAUAAAGGUAAACACGUGUCCUGUUCGCAAGAUACUGCAAGACAAUCUUUAUUCGAAGAUGUGAGAAUUCUUACUGCUUUGAAUAAAUGUACACAGAAGCAUGUGACUCUUCCAAAAGCAUAAAAGGGAAAACACCCUUGAAAAUAAUGCCAGCUAUAUACUGUCCAUCAAAAGGAUGUUUUAAGAGAAGAGGGGUUUAAACUGCAGAACCGAACACGGCCAGUUUGGAAAGGUUAACUUUGCUCGGCUAAGGAGAUCCCUUCGGUGGUGGGUACUAUUACUAAGAUUCCGUAGUUAUCCUCCACACUGAAUAAAAAAAAAUAGUCAUGCCUUUAGGGGUUGUAGGGUCCUUGCUGUGAUUUACAUAACUUGCUGUCAGCUGGCAUGGCAGACACCAAUUAUAGGGAACUUUGGAAAGGCGCUACCUGUAGCUCUCAGUGGAAGCCAUGUUUCUGUUGUAUUAAAUCUGUACAGAAAUGACAGUGGGGGGAAAGGAGAAAAAUAAAUGGUGCUGUGAAUGUUACAAGUAAACCUUUGGGAACAACAAUGUAAGUAGGAGAGUGAUACAGAUAAUGCGGUUUUGCUUAGUGUAGCACUGAAUACCCAAAGUCAGGAAAAUGGAAAUACAACACACACACACACAUAUGGAUAUAUAUAAUAGUCACUCUGCAGUGUCAACUGUGCCAAGUAAAUCCCUAGAAAGCUAAAAGGAAUGUUACAAUUUUGCUUAGAAUGGAAAAUAGGUUUGACUGGUCAGGUAAUAAAUUAACAAAAAAAUAAGUUAGUUACACGAGUCUUGUAAUUGCUAGGCAUGUUGCAAUAUGUGUCCAAAUAAGACACUGGAUAGAAAUUAAUUUCACCCAUGCAGAUCUUAGAGCGGGGGACCAGGGCCCCCCAAUUACUCAUGGACUUGACACAUGAUCAUGGAUCUACUUUCCAAGGAGCAGCCACUACCUGCUAGAUCCAUAGCCACAUUUUCAGAUCCAUGUAUCUUCUCCCCUGCCUUGCUUCAGUCCACUGGCGCCAUAAGCCAUAAGCCAGGCCAUUGGCUCAUAAGACAAUAAGUUGCUUAGUCCUUCCUCUGUUCCCUGAAUAGUGCCAUCAAGACCAUGGCAAUGAGGUAGAAAGCUCUUCCCACUAUAUUGUUAUGAAUUUGUGGGUUGUAGACACACAUAAUUCCUGGGUUUACUAAGUGUUAGAAUUUAAUCAAUGCUGGAGAGUUAAACUGGCAGUCAGACGCUUAAUAGCUGGACUCAGCUUCCUGAGUUCAGGAGAUUUCCUGAGAGAUGGGCCAUUAACAGAAAAACACAGGGAGAUGGACCAUUAGCAAAGCAAUGCCUGUACCAGCUGGCAAAUGGGUGGACCCUCUCCUGAGCUCUUGGAUGGUUAGCAGAUACAAAUCAGAGUGGAGAACUUUAGGAUCUCAGUUGGGGAUGAUAUGGGCUGGAGGAAAAUAGUUGCAGUUGGUGGAAUGCGGCAAGCUGGAUAGAGCAUGCAUAUUUUUGAAUCCAAGGCGGCUGUGGCUAUGGGAGAAGCAAGAAGCUUUUAUGGGUGUCAAUGCUGUAAGCAUCAUAUGCUCUGGUUGUAUAUAUGUGUAAAUAAACCAUAUAUCAUAAAGACACCCCAAGCUCCACUGUGCCUCAUUCCCAAAGGAAACACGAACCCUGAGUAAGAACACUGAAACAUUGCACCACUUGGAGAUUGGGGUGGCAUGUAACAAUAUCGUUCUAGACUCAUGCUUCAAGUUUAUUGUUACAGCUGAUAGGAAAUAGCUCAUUGUACUUCUAAAAUUAUUGCCUGCCAGAGCUCUAGCCACACUCCUCACUCUUCUGAGGACUGCUUCAUCUUUACUUUUCGCACUGCUUUGGCCUACAAUAUCUCAUUGCAUCCACUGGUUUUCUCGGUGUCUUCAGUACAGUUAAAUUCUACUGAAAAACUGCAGAGGCACAGUACUUUUACCCAGAGUGUUUGGCCCCUUUAUACCCAGCAGAUCAACUAACUUUUUAAAUAGAAAACUGGAGUUCUCCCUGACCUCGGAAAAGGCUGGAGAAAUCUAUUCUGAUCUCCUUCCCACCCCGCUCCAUGUUUAUGAACCGGUCCUGGUGAGCUUUGCAGUCUAGGAGAACCAGAGGCAAAUAAUUUUAUAGAGUGUUUUUGCAUAUAUUAUUAAGAUUCAAGCCCUGAUUCUCUCCCCCCCCACAAGAAAACAUUAUAAAUAGUGUCUCAAAAACCUGUGAUAUCCACUUUGUUAAGUGUUGGGUUCAAGAGAUUAAGGGCAAUGACUGGCAUAUAGUUCACUUUUAUUUCCAUCUCGCUGCAACCUCACAUCGCUAUACAUCUGUUUUGUUGAUUCAGAAGAGCACUUGAGCGCCUUUACAGUUGAUUUUGACAAGUGCUACAAUUUGAUAUGGGUAGAUAAUUCUUGCUGAGAUGAUUUCGAAGUACAGAAAUUAUAAUUUUGAGUAGAUAUUACCUUUCUUUAUGAUCAGAAAUUUCAUGUAAUAUACUGUGCACUUAAGCAUCUUAAUCACAUUUUUUCUCCCUCUCUCUUUUUUUUUAAAUAAAAAAAUACAUUACAUUAUUUUCAUCUAAUCGAGCAAAGUAUUGCAAAUUAAAAUAUUGUUCUAAAUAUAUCUGGGUCCCCUCCCCCUUCCUCCUGCUUGGUGAAGAAGAUCCUUUAAAGAAGAACAACAAAAAAGGAACAUUAAAAAUGUUCAUUCCUAACCUUCUCUUCAAAACUAUUUGGUUUGGGAUUUAAUUAAACAGUAAGACAUGACAGACUGUACAGGAGGGCUCAUUAAUGCACACCUUGGGUGCGUUUCACCUCCUGCUUCUUGCACAGCUGAGGUGUGGAUUAAUCAGCGCUACCCCUUGGCCCAGAGCAUUUAUUGUGAUUAUAAAAUGACCACUUGGAAAAAAAAUAAAACAAAAUGUUCAAACGCUAGGAAAGAUCAUCCAUCAUGCCUGAUGAUUAGGAGUUAAGAGCAACAUUAAAAGGAAGGGGGGGGGGAGCUGUUCAUGUUUUAUGCAGUGGUGCAAACAGAGUUUUCCUCCUGUUUGGAAGAACUUUAUGAUUCUUCAAAAGCUUUUUUUGUUCAAUGGCAAAGCAUAAUCAAAGAUGUAACAGGACAGCUUCGCAUUAGAUAGUGGUAGUAUAGCCUAUUCAUCCAGAGUAGAUUUGUUUAAUCAUGUGCUCAUCCCAUUUAUAUAUAAAGCUGACAGUGGGACUUAGGCAGGUUCUUGUUUGUUUAUAUGGCUCUGGGCAACUAUGCCUACAGGACUGCCUUUCCCCUAUAUGAACAUGCCCAGACCUAAGACCAUCAUCGGAGGGCCUCCUCUCAGUAGUUGCCUUUUUAUAAAGUGCUCUCCCAAGGGAGGCCCGACUGGUGCUAACCUUGUCAUGAUAUGACAAGUGCCAGGCAAAUGUGGUUUUUUUGGUGCCAUGCAAAAGUGUUUUUUGUUUGUUUUUUGUUUCUCUGGGCAUUGGGUAGCACAACAUGAUACUGUACAGCUAAAUCUGUUUUUACUAUGAUUUCAGCAUUGCAAUUUUUUACUUUGGCUAUAAAUAGCUUCAGGACUUUGUGUGUGUGUGGAAAGCAAUGUAUACAUAUUCACCCAACCUUACUCCACUGAAAAAUAUUGGGAAAUAGAACCAGUAGCAACAGUUCUCAGCUAUAUUGACCGAGUGGAAAGGAGGCAGCCUGAUAAUUACCUGUGCGUCAGCAGACGUGAUCGAAGGCCCCAGAUGUUCCUUCCAGAGAGGACUGUGGAAACUGAUCCAUUCGAAAAAGAGAGAACUCAGCUUCGAGAUUUGUAAGUUAAAAACUAGUAAAGUUCCCGGCGGUUGGUGCGCCGCCGCCGCCGCCCCACACCACAAAUUUUCUCUCAAGAGGAAUAUAGCCCAAAGCUCAGAAAAUGCUAAAAGGGACUUGUAGUAAAAGCUGCUCAAUUGUGGAGAAGUGUUCAUGGUCCCCAAAGAGCAGAACAGAGGGAGAUAGUAGCUGGAGGGGUGGGAAACAAUCGUCAAAAGAUAACAAAGAAAGGAGAGGGCUCAGAAAGCUGUGGGAAUUGCAAGAUGGUAUGUAUUAGAAAAAAAAAAUUAUUAGAGCAGCAGGGUGGAAUGGUGUUUUGUUUUUAAAAAAUCUAGAUCCCAGUCAUGCCUCAACAAUCAGGAUCUGAUUGCAUAAAACUAGUGUGGCGUAAUGGUUAGAUUGUUGCACUAUGACCUGGGAGAGACCUGGGUUCGAAUCCCCACUCAUCCAUGAAGCUCACUGCGUGACCUUGGGCCAGUCGCCAUCUCUUAGCCUAACCUAUUUCACAGGGUUGUUGUGAUGAUGAAAUGGGGAGAAGGAGGACCGUGUACAUCACCUUGGGCGAUAAAGGUAGUAUAUAAUUUUUAAAAAAUCAUGGGAGCAGCUCUUCAGUAAUGCAAGAAGCUGUGUCAGUAAGAAAACUGCAAGCAUGAACCAGUGCUACUGAAAUAAGUUUUAAAUACAUUGCAAAUGAUUUUAACUAUACUGUUUGAGAUACUUGACAUUUAUUUUUUUAAAAAAAAUAUUGAUUGGGAAUUUAUUUUUUCUUGUCAAAAUUUCAGGGGGGAAAUGUUAAGACAGUGUAUUGUUAAUAAUGAUGAUGAUAAUGAUUGAUGUAGAAUAAUAAUAAUAAUAAUAAUGUCCCAGAACUGACUUUGCUGGUUCUUUUUCCUCAUAAAAGAACUACACCCUGUGCUUUAUUUGCUAUUGUUGCUUUUUUUCUGAAUGAACAUAAAAAUGAUGAGCCAGCUUUUAGUGAUUUAUUCUUUUUGCACUGCACUUUGCGUUUUCUACGGAGUUUAGAGUGCAUAAUUAAAAUCAUAUCACUGAUUUGUGUCCAGCUGGAUUGUGUGGGGUUUUUUUUACUUGUGUGAAUAAUUUCCAUGCAGAUAAAUAAUCUUGCUGAGGUCCAUUGGACUUCCCAUAAGCAAGGGCAGCACGGGUAGUUAGUGUUUAUAAGAUCAAUCUUGGAAAUAGCAACGUAGAGGCAAAGCAAUGCACUGUAACUCAUGCCUAGCUAUAGAUACAUAAUAUAUUGCUUUGAACGAAGUCUCCUCUUGUGUUACAUUUGUAUUCAUAUAUGUCAAAAAUGCAACGUUGGUUCUUUUUAAAAUAAAUUGGAAGCGCUAGUCUAUAGUGUAUGAUUAUUUUAUUAACUGAUAAAUCAGCCAGCUCUCAAGGGCAUGGAGGAAAUAGAUUUAUUUAAUUUACAAAUAAACUGUAUCCAUUCAGCAUUUCCUUCCCUUGUUGGAAAUGUAUGUUACAGUGUUGCUUGCCACUGAAUCUCUUAAGCGGUGCAAGAUUCCUGGGGUUCCAGGUUUCCUUUUGGAAAUGAGGCACGGCAGACACUGUGGCGUCUUUUUGAUAUAUGGUUUAUUUACACAUAUAUGCAGUCUGAGCCUACAAUGGGGUCUACAGCAUCAACACCCCAAAUGGGUCUUGUUUCCUCCCUAGCCACAGCUUUGGAUUCAAACACACAUCAAACAUUGCCCUUGAAUGCUGCUCUUUCCAGCUUGUUGCUUUUUGACUCUAGGUCACAUCACUCCUAAAAACUCUGGCUUUUGUCCUCCUCACUAUCUGUGAGCUGAGGAAGGGGCAGCACUCAUUUGCGUGGCGAGUUCCCGUCUCCCCCCUCAGAAAUAAAGACACGAGACACAAGAAUUAGAGUUAAUGGGUCAAAUUAGGCCACAACUUUAUUGAUUACAGGAAUUGAGCAGUAUUGGCUUAGGCAUUGGUCCUGUCAACUAACCAGCUUCAGCCCACUUGCUUGAAGACCGGUAAGGGUUAACCACCAGUAAGGGGAGUCCCGCUGAUGCACAUCAACUAGGAGCUCCCCCGGGGUCACCGCUCGGGGGCGUGCCGUGGGCCCACACCUCCAUAGGCUUAGGACAAGAUCACGCCCCCCGGAAUCCUUUACUGGACUACCCUUUGUUUUGGGGGAAGGUGAUGGCACUUCCUCCCCCCCCCUUCAUCUGCUUAACAAUACCCCUGCCAAUGCCUAACCGCCCAUACCGGGAGUUGUGACGGUUUGCUACGAGGUAGGCGAAAACCAAGUGGCUGGUGCCAAUCUGCCAAUUGGAAAAAUUCCUACCAGGCCCCUCGAUGGCGACCAACCGAAGUCCAUAGCAAAGUCAGAGAGCCUAGCCUAAUGGGCGGGAGGGGAGGGAAAACCUGAUCAGCUGAGGUGCGGGAAAGAGGGAGAUCCUUGGCCGCGCCAGCCCUAAAUAGGGCAGGCCACGCCUCCCAGGCCAGCCGAUUGGCUGGCCAGGGGGAUGACACAUCCGAGGAUUCCCCUGGUAUCGCGGGGGCUGAAAGCCCGCCCCCGCGUGUGUGGGGAGGGGCAUGAAGCCUGCAACCCCACCUCCUCCCUAGCUCGGAAGUGGCUUUGCCAUCUCCCACAGAGUCCCUUCCUUUGUUUUCCUUACACCUCUCCCCAGGAGGCUAGCCGGGCUAUUCCAAAAAUUAGAAGCCUCGGUUAGAUCUUAACACUUGCUGGGUCCAGGGAUUACAAGAGUCUGGCCCCCAGUUUUACAUCUCAAACCCCAUAACAGUACCAACAACCACAGGUGGUUAAGCAUUUUCUCAGAUAUCAAAGCAAAAAUGGUGCUUCUUGACCCUUUUUAAACAAUAGCACACAAAAUAUGAAAGCAGGCACUUAACUGUGAGGGGCUUGAAGCAGUGGCGUAGCAUGGGUUGCCAGUGCCCAGGGUAGCGGGCGCAUUCAACAGCCUAAUGGUAUCUGCGUCACCCAGGAGAGUGUCGCUGCAGAGAUAAGAACAGAGUUGUCCCUUUGUCUGGAGAGCUCACUUCCUGGUUCGCAUGGAGAAGCCGUUUUUAAUGGAGCCCAGUGACAAAAGUGCGCAGCUGUAUUAAGGCAGCAGCUGGUGUUGAAAUUUUGCAUCCCUAACAAUUUUGCACCACCCUGUGCCCCCCACUACAUUAGUGAUUAAAUUCCUUUGGUCCUAUGUUGCAGUUUUCUGAAAACAAUGCUGCCAGGUACUAUAUUCAGUUUCAUGAUUGGCAUACUUGGCUGUUGGCUCUCUGAGCCCUCAUUCUCAAUAAGGUUUUAAAAUGUAGCUAUUUUAAUGUUACAAAAGUGGUUAGGGCAAGCGAAACCCAGAGCAAGGAGGGUCUGUCAAUUACCCAAGCGUUCUGGCAGAUGAUGUCAUUGCUCCUAGUCUGGAAAUUCCCCUCUGUUCCCUCUCCAUUGCACCACCCGUUGUUUGACAGAGGCUUUUUUGGGUGUGUUCCACCAGGUUUCUAAUAUACUUAAUAUGCUAACUUUUAGGAGCAUUUCCCUCCUUUGUGUGCCUCUUCCAUGUGAGGUCAGGAAGGUGGCAACACAAGAACAGGCCUUCUCUGUAGUGGCUCCCCAUUUGUGGAAUGGUCUCCCCAGGGAGGUUCGCCUUGGGCCGUCAUUAAAUAAUUUUAAGUACCAGCUGGUGCUAUUUUCAACCAGGUCUUUGACUGGUUUACAUUCUACAGCCUUUUAAAUGUGUCUGUGGCAAGGAGGGCUAUUGUUUUGAUGUUUUGUUUUACUAAUAGCUAACUAACCAACCAACCAACCAACCAACCAACCAACCAACUAACUAACUAAGCAAACCUCCAAAUGUCAUUUUCAUGUGCUGUUACCCCCCUGUGACUCUUUAGUCUUUUUUUUAACUUACUGCCUCACAUGCUUUUAUAAAAAUGCAUCUUGAGAAAUCCAAAUACUUUCUGAUUCCAUAAGGGGUUGUGUGGUAAAUAAUUGAUGAUGGUCAUGAUCCAGCCCAAAUGAACCACAUUUAUGUCCCAACACAUGCUUAAGUGUUGCAUACUUCUUCUGAAUUUAGAACAGCUCUAUGCCUCAGAUCAGUAUUUCUUUAGCUUUAUGGAUAGGUAGUCACUAACACUUGAGAAUAUGCGUUUUAGCCAAAGAGUAAAUGGGCAUUUCAUUUCAGUCUAUAUAGUCCGGUACUCUGCUGAGUUAAACUUGAGCUACUGUUUGUAUUUAUCUUGCUAAUACACGUUUGGCUUCAUUUGCUAAUUCAUACUAACCGAUUUAACGGCCAUGCUAACAACAUGGGAUAAAGAUAGUAUAAAUGAUAAAUCCUUAUACCUCAGUCUGUAAACCAUCCUCUAAUUGAAGAUUAUUUCAUAAAUGAUAUUUUCAGGAAUAUAGUUGCUGAAAGCCAGCAUGGGAUUUUCUGGAUAUAUCCAGAAUAGCAAAUGUAGCAUAAGUGAGUGGUCUCCCUGUACGUUUGUGGCAUAAUACUGUAUUCAGGCAAUGUUCUCCACUGGGCAUAACCUGCCCUGUUCUCUGGCAGGAAGGGGGUGUUAUUGAAGUCCUUGACUUUGAGGUCUCAAUCAGGAAGCAUGAGUGAGAGGUGCUUUAUGUUCAAUACUUCGUUUCUGCCAUCCAAAAAGGGAGCCUGCAUAUCGUCCCUGUGGGAAUACAUGUUGCUCUCCUCACACUAGGAAAUGGAGAAGCCCAGUUAGCAUGCAGCUUGUCGGUCUAGGCUCCUCGUUGUUCCUUUCUGGCUGUGCCCAUACCUGCCCCACACUUGAAGUCAUGUAUGCUAUCAGGUGUGUGACAGAGUUUGUGUGGGAAGUAACAACAACAACAACAUUAGAUGUUGUCAGGGGCUGGACUGAGGAGGAAUGGUGGGGACCGUUCCCCCCUCCUUCCCUUGAACCUUCUCAAGAACAAGAGGACAGUAUAGAUUUAGAACAGUGGUUUGCAGAAGGGCACAGUUCAGAGGCUGCAGAGGGGAGAAGCUGGGAAAUAUUGGAAGAGGAACAACAGGAAGAAGCAGCAGCAGGGGAGAGACAGCUGACAAGACUCAGUGUCUUUGGAAAGCAUUCCUGGACAUCCCCACCAGGACCAGGCGUGCAUUGAGGGUAGUAGAACAGAGAGCUCAGAGGGAGAAAGCUUAGAUUAGCCGACACAGGGCUGACGUAGAAUAGGGGAGACGUAGGGAGGUGGGACUUUACUUGGAGCAAGGCCAUUAUUUAGGGAAGGCUGCAUUCCUUCAUCGCUCUCUGUGAAUUAUUGAAUAAAUUGCUUGGUAACAACUUUUAAAGACCCUGAUGUUCGGAAAGAUGAAGGGCACAAGGAGAAGGGGACGACAGAGGACAAGAUGGUUGGAUAGUGUUCUUGAAGCUACCAGCAUGAGUUUGACCAAACUGUGGGAGGCAGUGGAAGACAGAAGUGCCUGGCGUGCUCUGGUCCAUGGGGUCACAAAGAGUUGGACACGACUAAACAACUAAACAACAACAAUAACUUUUAUCGUUUCUCUGAUUCUUGGCUGUCACCGUGGGAGGGAUCAGAUUCCCCGAAGCCUGACAUAUCUGUUUUCUAAAGAUUGCAUAGUUACUUACCUCCUUGACAUUAGAUGGGAGGGCGUCCACAGGGCGGGCGCCACUACCGAGAAGGCCCUCCGUCUGGUUCCCUGUAACCUCACUUCUCACUGUGAGGGAACUGCCAGAAGACCUUCGGAGCUGGACCUCAGUGUCUGGGCUGAAUGACAGGGGUGGAGGCGCUCCUUCAGGUAUACAGGGCCUUGGCCAUUUAGGAUGUGAUAGGCCAGCAUCAACACUUUGAAUUGUGCUUUGGACCCAAGCUGUGCCUAGUUAGGCCUGCGAGGUCAGAGGUUCCUCACUCCUGCUCGAGGGGCACGGUUUCCAUCCCUACAGGUUCCGAAGUCAUUUCUCAGAAAAGCCCCUGCUUCUGGUCACCCCUGGGAGGGCUGUCAGCUCAGUGGUUUAGCACAUGCUUUCCAUUUGAAAGAUCCCUGCUUCAACUGUGGAAUGCCCAGUACAGAUAAUAUAGAAAGCGAGAUGGACCUAUGGCCUGACUUAAUAUGGGGCAUAUUCCUAAGCUCCCUUUUUGAGACGUUGCCUAAGAAACAAGAAAGUAACUUAAAUUCAUUUAUACUUGCCAUUUCAGCACUUGUCACACGCGGCAACAUUCUAA